AUGAUUAUAAAGUCAAAAAGUGAUUGUUCUUUAUAUUGUUAAUAAAUUUUGGCAGGUUGUCAUCAAUUAACUGAAUCUGAUAACUAACUUUAAGGUGAUCCUAUUGAAACUUUAUUUUUUCAAAAUAAUACUGAGUGGAUAUAUGAUGCAUCAAAAAAUUAUACUCAAAAUAAGAAUUUAAGAAUUAGACUUUAUUAAUAAAAAGUUUUUUCAUUCAGGAGCGAUUUAAAAAGAAUGAGCACUGUUAUCUAGGUUGAUUAGAAAGGUGAAAAACAUUAUAGACUUCUAGUUAAAGGAGCUCCUGAGGCAUUAUAAUUACUAUUUUAAGAAAUUCCAAAUUAGUAUGAAUAAUGUUAUUAAUAUUAUUCAAAUUUAGGAUAUAGAGUACUGUGUUUGGCUGAUAGAGAAAUCAAAGAAUAUGAGAAUUAAGACAGAGAAAAACUAGAAAAUAAUUUAGUAUUUAGAGGAUUUCUAAUUUGUGAGUCACCAUUAAAAACUAGCACCUAAAAAUACAUCCAAAAUAUUAAAUAAAGUUAUUUCCAACCUAUAAUUAUUACAGGGGAGAAUUUACUUACUACAAUAGCAGUGAGUAAAUAAUUAUAAUUACAUGAUAAUAAUAAGACAUACAUUUUAGACUUUUUUGAUAAUAAUUAUGUAUUUGUUGAGCAUGGAACCAAUAAUAAAACUGUAUUGAAUAAUGUAGAAUAGGAGAUUAAAUUAUUUUAAAAAGGAAUGUUGUGUAUUUCAUCAACCAUUCUUGAAAAAUUAGAAGAUUAACAUUUAAUAUAAUUAAUAAUACAUUUUAGCAUUUUUGCAAGAAUGUCACCAAAAUAAAAAGAAAAAAUUGUUGUUUAGUUUAAAAGAUAAGGUAAAGAUAUAUUAUUUUGUGGAGAUGGCAAAAAGGAUGUUGGAGCAUUAGAGAAGGCAGAUGUAGGAAUUGCUCUAAUUAGAGAUGCAGAAAUGAAAUACAAAAAAUUAUCACUUAAUGAAUAAUUGAAUUAGUUAUUUAAAAAGAAAGAGAAUUUGAAGAAGCAAAAAAGCAAAGCUAGUUCUAAUUUUAAUGGUGUAUUUAUGGCUGUUCCUUUUAUAUGCAAAAUGCAAAAAAGUAUUAAAUGUGUUAAUACUAUUCUAAUAUAAGGUGUCUAUACAUUAGUAUUUACUAUUUAAAUGUAUAAGAUUAUGGCUUUAUACAGCAUAUUGAAUGCAUAUUCAUUUAGUGCUUUACAUAUGCAAUCAUUGAAAAUGAGUUAAACAUAAAUGAUUUUUAUGAGUAUAUUAGGAGUUACCUAUUAUUAUUGCUAUACUUCUGCCACAUAAUUAAAGAGAUUAUCAAAAAUAAAACCAAGCUUUUCAAUUUUUGAAUAUUCCUUUUUCAUUUCAUUAACACUUUAAAUAAUUUUACACAUAUCUUCUAUGUAUUACGCUAUAUAUUACAUUGCUAUUCCAAAUAUGACAGUAAUUGAAAAAGAAAUAAAAAAUUAAACUGAAUUUUAAGCAACUUUUUUGAAUACAACAGUAUUUUUACUGCUUUUGUUAUAAUAAAGUUGCAUAGUUUUAUUCAAUUAUCCUGGAGAACCUCAUAUGCAAAAUAUUAAUAUGAAAUCCAAACUCUUCAAAAGCUUAGUAACAUUAUAUAUUAUUUUUUUUAGUUUAUUCCUUUAGUUUUGUGUAUUAUUUCAGCACUUAAUUAUAGUGAAUUUUUGAAUUAUUGUCUUGAAUUAACAUUCCCUUAGAAUAAAGAACCAUGUAUGCAAUUCAUAAAGUUGUGUUUAUUUGUCAUAAUAAUGAAUUGGAUAAUUGAAAAAGUAAUUAAAACAUUGAAAUAUAAAAAAUGUUAUGGAUUUUUAUGA